AACGUUUAGUUAGUUGGUUGUUUUUUUGUAUUCUUCAGAAUUAUAUAAAGAGUUCAUAAAUCCUUCAUUUUGACUUAGGUUAUUUAACAAACAGUCUACUACUGAAUAGUCUUUCUUACUCAAAUUCAUCAUGAAACACUUCAUCAGUUCCUCACUAAGUCUAUUCCUACUCGGUAUUUGCUUUGUACAGCUAUGUUCAUCUCUUGAAGAUAAACCUGGAGAAAAGUUUUGUGAGCAGUGCAUACAAAGUAUGGGUUUCUUUAAGAAGGUAUGCAAAGAUCCAAAGGUUACUGAUGGAAUUAACAAAAAAAUUGAUGAAGUAUGUGAAAGCGAAGGCAGAGGCGGCGAUAAGUGUGCAGAAAUCUUCACAACAACUAUAGAUGGUCUGAUAACUUUUCUCGAGGCCCAUACUCCAACCGAUAUCUGUCAGUUGAUACAAUUUUGUAGAACCUGAAGAGAUUUCUGGGAUGGCAUCGCUUCGAUUAUUAAGUAAUACAAACUUUUCGUUUCAAUUAAAUAUAUAUUAUAAAUAAUUAUAAA